AUGUCUCCCCCCACCACCACGUACGAAAAGCCCUUUGAAAGUCUUGGCGUCGAUGAAGAAACUGAGGCUCUGGAGGGUUACGUGGUUGAUCCCAGUCAUUAUGCAAACAAUGCAGCCAGACUGAAGACCAGCUCCGAUGGCCGUUUUGUUCUCAUCCCGCAGCCGUUGGAUUCCUACAAUGACCCGCUGAACUGGUCUGAAGGCAAGAAACGAUGGAUCGUGGCUGUCAUUGCUUUUAUCGCUCUGUUGGCCGACUACACGGGUGGGUCUGCUAUUAUCACUGUUCUGCCGCAGUCGAUGCAAUGGGGUCUCACUCAGGCGACUGUUCAGAAAGCCGUUGUAGGAAACCUUUUUACGAUUGGUGCUUGUGGCUUAUUUGUCGUUCCACUUACGAGCUACUUUGGUCGUUGGCCAGUUCUGCUGGUCUUUCAAUCUCUUAUGCUCGGAACGUGUGCAUGGUCUGCUGCCGCCACCAGUUUCCACUCUUACCUCGCUGCCCGUAUCAUCAAUGGCUUUUUUUGCAGUGUCGGUCAGGGAGGUGCGCUAAUGUGGAUCAAAGAUUUGUACUUCUUUCAUCAGCAUCCGCAGGUCAUCAACUAUGUCGAAUUUUCGAUCGUCGGCAGUCCAUACCUUGGUCCCUUGAUUACCGCAUUCAUUGUUACGACAGUGAGCUGGCGAUGGGCCUUCUGGGUAUGCACGAUCCUCUCGGGCAUUAGUUUGAUUCUUGUCUUCUUCCUUGACGAGACGCUGUUUGAUCGAAAGGCGCCGCCUGAUUCUCGUGGUUCUUAUCUCUCUCGUCUAUCCGGCGUUGGAGAGGCCCGAAUUUCGCGACACAAAAGCUUUAUUGGGUGCAUGUUGAUCCCAGUGGUAGCUAUUACCAAAAUACCGGUGCUGACAAUCUUGAUCUACUACUUCUUCAAUUCCGCCUGGGUUGUCGGAGUGAACACGACUAUUAGCAUUUGGCUGAGCAACAAGUAUGGUUUCUCACUUGAAGACAUCGGUAAAUACCCAACCUCACACAUGUGGUAUCAGAUCAUACUAACCCAUCAAGGCUAUUUCUAUUUCUUCGGCAUAGUCGGUGUACUUGUAGGCUGGCUCAUUGGCCACUUUAUCCAUGAUGCAGUUGCACAACACUACGCCAAAAGACACGACGGCCGUAUUCAUCCAGAAGCCCGACUACUUCUAGCAUAUCCGGCGACUUUACUCUGCGCUUUGAGUCUGGUGCUACUCGGACUCGCCUUUGAGAACCAAUGGCACUACAUGGUGAUUGCCGUAGUUGCUGCAAUGCAAUGUGUCGGUUUCAUGAUCGUCACUACUGCCAUCAAUUCCUAUCUGCUUGACGCCUACCCUGAGGGCUCAGGAGAGGUCGGUGCAUGGGUUACGGCGAGUCGCAACUGGGCGGGAUUCAUGGCGACAUUUGUUCAGAUCGACUGGGUGAAUCGACUUGGACCUGCCAGAGCGUUAGGUAUUCAAGCUGGCAUCACAGUUGCGUCACUGUUUUUGAUCGCGUUCUUGCAGGCUUAUGGGAAGCGGCUGAGGCAAUGGCAGGGCAAAAUGAUUUUCAAGAAUUACUGA